AUGGCACUCUCUCUGUCUCUGAUGCCUUCUCCAUAUCCCGUACGCUUCAAACUUGUUCAGACCCCCUUUUCAUACAGAAGCAGAUACAUAAGAACCCAACAAGGUAGACUACUUACUUCUAAAGCACUUUCAUGCUCUGCUACAGAACUUGCUGUUGAUAAACGCCUCACAUCCUCAAAAGAUAUUGGCUUUUACUCCCACAGUGAAGAACCCAAGUUGGGUUUUGAUGAAAUUACUAGUAGGUUGCAUGUACAGAGCUUAGUUGAAAGAAUUAGAGCUUUGCCCACUAGAGAGACAAGUCAAAUUCUUAGUAUUUUUGAGCAAGAUGGUUGCUUUAAAACCAUAUCCGAGUUCAAUGACAUGCUGUUGGCUUUAGCUGUAGCAAAAAUGCCUGAUGUUGCUUUGAGUUUGUAUAGUCAGAUAUCAUCUUACUGUUUAGUUCCUGAUUCUUCUACAUUUUCUGUCGUGAUUACGUGUUACUGUGAGAAAAAUGAUCUGGAUGAGGCCAAGAGGGUUUUAGUCCAUAUGAUUGAAAAUGGGUUUAACCCAAGUGUUGCAACAAUCACUUUUGUUAUAGAUUCAUUAUGCAAAAAGGGUAGAUUGCAGAGAGCUUUGGAGGUUUUUGAGGUGAUGGGUAGAGUUGGGUCCAAGCCCAGUGUUCAAAUGUACAAUUGCUUGUUAAAGGGUUUGUGCUAUGUGGGGAGAGUGGAGGAUGCAUAUGACAUGUUGAUGAAGAUAAAGAAGGGUGUUAUACAACCUGACAUUUAUACAUACACAGCUGUUAUGGAUGGCUUUUGUAAAGUGGGUCGAACAGAUGAGGCGAUGGAACUGCUUAAUGAUGCUGUGGAGUUGGGAUUGAUACUAGAUGUGGUUGCUUUCAACACUUUGUUUGAUGGGUACUGCAGGGAGGGUAGGGCAAUGGAAGGACUUAAUGUGUUGAAGCAGAUGAAGGAGAGAAACUGCAUCCCUGAUUAUAUCACUUAUAGCACAUUGAUACAUGGAUUAUUGAAAUGGGGUAAGACCCGUAAUGCGCUAAGAAUUUAUAAGGAGAUGGUAGAAGUUGGUUUUGAAGUGGAUGAGAGAUUGACAAAUGAUCUUGUGAGAGGGUUAUGCAGGAGAUCAACGAAGGAAAAAGACCUGUUGGAAGAUGCUUGUGAACUGUUUGAAAAAUUGCAGAACGGGGUUUCUGACAUAGACGCCAGUACAUAUGGGCUUAUGAUCCAAAGUCUUUGCAUGGGAAAGAAGAUCGAUGACGCUAUGAUCAAUCUGAAGCAGAUGUUGACAGUGGGUUAUUCACCACGGAUGAUCACCUUUAACAACGUGAUUCAAUCCCUUUGUGCCGAGGAAAAGAUGAUUGAUGCAUUAUUAGUUUUAGGUACUGCAUAUAAAUUUGAUAGAGUAGCAAGUAGAGUAUCUUAUAACCUUCUGAUUCAAAAGUUGAAUCAACAUGGCAGUAUGCUAGAAGCAUGUACUGUAUAUGGUGCAGCAUUGAAGAGAGGUUUAAUCCCGAAUAAAAAGCCUCAACAAUGA